AUGGUCGAAGCAGCUCUACCGAAAGUCAGAAUCUACGCGACAGGCGGCACCAUCGCUGGGGUAAGUAGGAGCGUCGACGGUCAAACUCAAACGACUGUGCUGACGCCCACGAGACGCAGGCUAGCAACUCGAACAGCUCGACGGACACCACACAGUAUUCUGCCGGACAAGUGACCGUCGAACAGCUGCUGCAGGCCGUGCCUCCUCUGAAGGAUAUAGCAAUGGUAGAGUCCGAGCAGGUGAGCCCAAACAGCUGAUGUUCCUAGGGAUGUGGCUAGUUGAUUGUCGAUGCACAUCUUUCGCGCCGCUGUAGUUCACAAACACGGGCUCGAAUCAGCUCAACACUUCCAUCCUGCUGUCCCUGACCAAGAAGAUCCAAGGUGAUCUGGACAGCGAUCCUGAUCUCUCAGGAGUGGUCGUCACAAUGGGUGAGACUGCGCCGCUUUCUGCGACCUGGAAUCACGUGGCAGCAGAAUCGAACACUUUGUAUGCGUGACGACAGGAACAGAUACCCUCGAAGAGGCCGCGUUCCUAUUCGAUAGUAUCAUCGACGACGAACGGCCGAUCGUGUGAGAACACCGAGUGGCGUAGUACGGUCUCGGUCCCGCAGACAGCCAGCUCACGGCCCUGAACAACUUUCGCAGGGUGACGGGAGCCAUGCGCCCGACCACUUCUCUGUCGGCAGACGGUUCUUUCAAUUUGCUCCAAGCUGUCAGCGCGAGCAUCUCAUCAUCCUCAAGAAAUAGAGGCACCUUGAUCGUUCUCAAUGAUAGGAUCGGCAGCGCUUACUACACUUUCAAGAGCAACACGCGAACGCUGGACACUUUUCAGGCACUCGAAGCAGGCUUUCUGGGCACUUUCGCUGGCGUGAGUCCUUGCAGGAUGAGCCGACUGUCGGUGUGACUGCAUCGCUGACUUUGUUGCGCGUGUGUCGUGCCUUAGAUUGAGCCCAUCUACUACUACCAGCCUGCGAGAGCGACUGGUCGACAGCUUUAUCCCGUAUCGUCUCUGCCUGCCAAAAACACCCUUCCCAGCGUGUCGAUCCUUUACGCUGCCCUCGACCAAGGACCGGGUCUGUUGGACUUCGCAGCGUCGCAAGGAGUGCAAGGCGUAGUGAUUGCUGGAGAAGGAGAUGGAGAAGCGGACAGGACUUGGCUGGACUCUAUGACCAAGCUGAUGAGUCGGGGUGUACCAGUCAUCACUGCAAGCAGAUCUCCGAGCGGGACCGUCCAAGCAGGAAAUAACUUCGGCAAUGGGACCACCAGCAUACCUUCCAGGACAUUGAACCCUCAAAAAGCCAAGAUUCUCCUUCAGCUUCAGCUUGCGAAAGAUCCCCUUGACAUGCAGGCUGUCAAAGAUGUCUUCAAGACUGCGUAG